AUGCGUCCUCUCUCGCUGGCAAGUGGCUCCAGCGGCAAUGGAGUCAUACCUCCUGAUGCUUUGGAACCCAUUGCGAUUGUUGGCCUCGCUACCCGAUUUCCGCAGCAAGCAACAACCACUGAGAGUCUGUGGGAGCUUCUCCUACAGGCCCGGUCGACGUGGUCAUCGAUACCUAAAGAACGUUUCAAUUCAGACGCCUUCUAUCACCCGGAUCCCGAGCAUGGUGGGACAUUUCAUGUCCAAGGAGGCCACUACCUCUCAGAGGACCCUGCUUACUUCGAUGGUUCAUUCUUUAACAUCACCAAGAAUGAGCUCCUGACAUUGGAUCCGCAGCAGCGGCUGGUACUGGAAAAUGUCUACCACGCCUUGGAAAAUGCAGGUAUUCCAUUGACCAGUGCUGUUGGCUCCAAUACAUCGGUUUUUGUCAGUGGAUUCAACCAUGACUACCUGGGUAUCCUCAAUUCAGACCCAGAAACAACUUUAAAGUACAAGCCCACAGGUGUUACAAAUGCCAUUCUGUCAAACCGCGUUAGCUGGUUCUUUGACUUCAAAGGACCUAGCAUGACCAUUGACACGGCUUGUUCCAGCAGCUUGGUGGCGCUGCAUCUUGCUGUACAAAGCUUACGUGCCAGAGAGACGAACAUGGCUGUUGUCAGUGGUGUGGGUAUUCUUGAGAAUCCUGUGGAAACUAUCGGUAUGAGCCACCAUGGUUUGUUGGGACCUCAAGGGCGGUCUUUUAGCUUUGACUCACGUGCCGAAGGCUAUGCACGAGGCGAAGGUGUAGGCACAGUUGUAGUGAAGCCUUUGAGUGUCGCCAUCAGAGAUGGAGAUACCAUUCGUGCGGUUAUUCGGGAGACCGGAGUCAACCAGGAUGGCCGCACACCAGGUAUCACGGUUCCCAGCGCAGAUGCCCAAGAAAGAUUAAUUCGUGAGGUUUACUGGAGAGCCGGCCUGGAGCUUGAACAGACAAGAUUUGUUGAAGCCCACGGAACGGGCACAAGCACCGGUGACCCAAUUGAAGCGGGUGCUCUCGCAAGAGCAUUCAAAUGUCGCAGAGAGACUCCGCUUUAUGUCGGAGCCAUCAAAUCUUCCAUUGGGCAUUUGGAAGGUGGCUCAGGUGUGGCAAGCAUCAUCAAAUCCAUUCUAGUCCUUGAGUCUGGGAUCAUACCUGCAAACUUUGAUAUGAAGAAGACAAAUCCCUCUAUUCUCGCAGCGGAUUGGGACAUUGAAUUCCCUACCGAAGCCCUUCCAUGGCCAUCAUCAGGACUGCGAAGAGUAUCGGUUAACUCAUUUGGAAUUGGUGGCACCAAUGCCCACUGUAUUCUUGAUGAUGCUUAUCACUAUCUCAACGACCGCCGUCUUACAAGUGCCCACCGCACCACAUCUACUGUUCCCACCACCCAGAAACUCAAGAGCCGGCUCUCAGCUCUAUCCCGAUCAGGAACAGAAUCAAAUGAUCUCGGGACUGAGUCAUUUGAUGACAGUGAUCACUCUGGAAAUGGCAGUACCUUUAUCAACACGCCCACAAGCGAUGGUUUUGGUGCAUCACCUACAUUCACAUCAGCAACAUACACCACUUUGGUUGAGAAACCGAAGUUAUUCUUGCUCUCAGCUUUUGACGAAGAUGGCGUCAAGCGGAAUGCAGCUGAAUUUGCCAAGUACUUGAACCGGAGAAUGACACAGUCGGUUCUCCAUGACCAUCUUCUUGAUGAUCUCUCUUUUACCCUGUCGAAGAAACGAUCCCAGUUCCCCUGGAAAAGUUCCGUCAUGGCAUCUUCGGCUAAAGAACUUGCAUGGAACCUGUCGGAAUCAAAUUUCACCAAGCCAACCAGAACCACCAGAGUACCAGAGGUUGAAUUUAUUUUCACUGGCCAAGGUGCUCAAUACCAGGCCAUGGGCCGAGAGCUCAUGGUCUAUCCCGUUUUCAAAGAGUCUGUGGAGGAAGCAUCGGAGUAUAUUCGCAGGCUAGGUAGUCCUUGGUCACUACUAGACGAGCUCUUGACUGAAAGACAGUCACCUCGAGUUAACUUGCCCGAGAUCGCUCAUCCAUUGUGCACAGUUUUGCAAAUUGCACUCGUCGAUCUCUUGGCCAGUUGGAAAGUCUUCCCAAAACAUGUAACGGGUCACUCAUCCGGCGAGAUAGCUGCCGCUUACUGCUCUGGCAAACUAUGCCGCGAAGGCGCCUGGAAGGUUGCAUACUACCGUGGAUACGUAUCAUCCAAGCAGCUUUCAGCAAACGGAGCAAUGAUGGCUGUGGGUCUGGGUGCAACACAACUGCAGCCCUAUCUGGAAUCUGUGAGGAAGAAUAACACCGGGGAGCUCAUUAUAGCCUGCCAAAACAGCCCCAAGAACAACACUGUAUCUGGAGACGACGCUAUGAUUGACCGCCUCAAGGAACUUCUCGAUGCUGAUGACAUCUUUGCUCGAAAGUUGAACGUCAAGAAUGCUUAUCACUCGGCCCAUAUGCAUGCGAUUGCCCAGGAUUACCUUCGUCUGAUGGGGACGCUUCCUUAUGGAAGGCGGCUCGCAGCUCCACAUCAAGUGCAUAUGUUUUCCACUGUCACAGGACAGCAAGUCACAGAGGAGCAUCUGCCUGCCCAAUACUGGGUGGAUAAUAUGGUUUCCCCUGUUCUUUUCACAAGCGGCUUGGUUGCAAUGACUUCAAGUUCAAUUUCCAGCCGCGACUCAACCAAUUCCACGGAUUAUUUGCGCCUUCUUGUGGAAAUAGGGCCUCACUCAACCCUGCAAAGUGCUAUCAAGGAAACACUGGCCUCGGAGAGCCCCAAGUUAGAAUUCAAGUAUCUGGCCGUUCUUCAACGGACAGAUCAUAGCCUCAACACUAUACUCACUACAGUAGGUUUCCUAGCUUCAAGUGGAUGUGAAUUAGAUUUCCAUGCUGUGAACCAAGCUUCUCACUCGAAGGCGAAAAGGCGGCCCAGACUGUUGGUGGACCUGCCACCGUACAGCUUCAAGCAUACUGAGAAGAUUCUAUUCGAGAGCCGACUGAGCAAGAAUCUUCGAACUCGAAAAUUCCCUCGUCAUGACCUCUUUGGUGCACCGAUUACGGAUUGGAAUGCUACUGCUCCCAGAUGGAGACAAUUCGUCCGAUUGAACGAGAAUCCCUGGCUAAGGGAUCAUAUGGUCACUGGUAACUAUGUCUAUCCUGGGGUGGGAUAUCUGAUUAUGGCAAUCGAAGCAUCACGGCAGUUAGCCGGCGAGGCAAAGAUCACUGGUUUCCAACUACGAAAAGUCAAUAUCCGAAGAGCCUUGAUUGUACCCGAUACCAAGGAAGGAAUUGAAGUCUCCUUGGCAAUGGCAAAUGCCGAAGACUCCUCAGUGUCACCGCGAACGUGGCGGCGGUUCCAGAUAACUUCCUACAAUGCAUCGAGCGACGAGUGGACAGAGCAUUGCACUGGUCACAUUACUACCGACUAUGAAACAGCUUCUGAUCCAGUGGACAAUGGCCGCGAAGCAGAAGAAGAGAGCCGAGCACAGGAAUCCGAACUUUCCUGCGCAAAUGAGACAUGCACCAAAUCCAUGGCCUUCAAAUCCACAUAUAACAACCUCCAAACAUCCGGCCUCAAUUUCGGUCCUUUGUUCCGAAACCUCGCAGACGUUCGUGCAAGUGGGCGUGGGCUUGGUAAAGUUGUUGGAUCAGUGACUGUUCCGGACAUUGCACAGUCUAUGCCAAAGCAGUAUCUACAUUCUCAUCUAAUCCACCCUGCCACAAUGGACAGCAUGAUCCACUUGAUGAUCGCGGCUGUUCUUGACUUUACCAGCAAAUCUACCUUGGAUCAGAUCAGAUUGCCAACCUUCAUACGCGACGUCUGGGUUUCAGCGAAUCUGAAUUCAGCCCCAAGCCACAAAUUCACGGGACAUGCAACCGUGUCUAUGGCGGGAUCUGAUAAAUUCGAGGGCCAAAUACAAAUGCUGGAUGAGGGAACAAAAAUACAUCGCAUCCGCAUGGAAGGUAUCGAGCUCACUCCACUGGAGUCUGGCCUUGCUGAAAUUAGGGAGCGAAAAUUGUGCAGCGCGAUUGAAUACAAGCCUGACGUCCAUUUCCUCGACUCAAAAUCCGCCUGUACACUGACUUCUCUCGACGUUACUGAUGAAGCUGAGGCCCUGUACUGGGUGAAGCGUCUUCAGCUUGCAACGAUGCUCUAUGUCAUGGAUGCACUGGACGAGCUCAAGGACAUCGAUGUUAUGAAACUCGAUUUGCAUGUGCAAAGGUUCUUUGACUGGAUGGAGCAUAUGAAAGGGAUGCUCGAGCGCAGUGAAAUAAUCCAUCUCCCCUACAGUGAAUUCCAAGAGGCUUGCCAAGACGGGUUUCUGAAGGAGGCCAUUGGCAAAGAAAUUGAGGCUCACAGCGCCGAAGGUGCUAUCACAGCCCGAAUGGGCCGCAAUAUUGCCAAAGUUGUGCGCCAGGAGACUGACCCGCUGGAUCUCAUGUUCGGUCAAGACUCUGUGAUGGAACAGGUUUACAAGGAAGGCCUCCACUUGUAUAACCUGCCGCAGCAUCUACAGAGCCACUUGUCUCUCCUCCGCCGCCAGCAUUCCGAGCUGAAUAUCCUCGAGAUUGGUGGUGGCACCGGAAGUUUCACUGCUGAAGUCCUGGCUGUUCUUUCUCCAGACCUGGCAAAGAGCAAAGGGAACAUUGCCAGCUAUACAUUCACGGACAUUUCAUCUGGCUUCUUUGAGAAAGCAAAACAGCGGUUCCAAGCAUGGUCUGAUAUCAUGAACUUCCAGUCACUCAAUAUAGAGCGAAGCCCCGUCGAUCAGGGACUUCAGUUGGGAACAUAUGACCUGAUAUUCGCUGGAAAUGUCAUCCACGCCACUGCAAACCUGCAUAAUGCAUUGCAGAACCUGCGAUCUCUACUGAAGCCGGGUGGCCAGCUCAUCAUGCAAGAAGGAAUCCGACAGGAUUUCCUCUGGUAUCCACUUGUUUUCGGUCAGCUUGCUGGGUGGUGGCUGGGUGAUGAGCCGUGUCGCCAGUGGUGUCCCUACAUCCCAGCUACAGAGUGGAAUCCUCUGCUGCUGAAAGCGGGAUUCUCUGGAAUUGAUGUCGAGUAUCCUAGUUCGAACGAUUCAGAUUUGACAUGGCAGAGUAUUCUGAUUUCUUCUGCCAUUGAAACCCCCAAGGAGAAGACUUCGAACACUGCGAUUAUCUUGACGCUUGGUGCAUCAAAAUCAGGACAGGUCAUUGAGAACCUUCAAGGACUGCUGCCAGAACUGGGAUACACGAGUGUUCUUGUUAAGGAGCCCGCUGAAGUGGAAAAUUCCAUCUUGCCAGAUGCACUUUAUAUCUCGCUAAUUGACUUGGAGUCUCGUUACUUGAUUGAUAUGAAUGAAUUGGAGUACAACAGACUCAAGAAGAUGCUCAGCGAGUGCCAAAACCUAUUGUGGGUGACUUCCAAUCCACUCGAGCAGCCACACGCAAGCAUGAGUCUCGGUCUUCUCCGAACAGUGCGCUGGGAGCGGGAUGCCGAUGGCUCCAAUAUCGUUACUCUCACAGAGGCGGAUCCCGAGAACGCUUCGCCAGAGAGUCUUGCUGCAGCGGUCAGCAAGAUUGUCAAGCGACAAUUUGUAGGCAAGCCGGAGAAUGAUCGCCACGCUGAGUACAAGUUGCAGAAUGGUCUCAUACACAUUGGCCGUUUGAACGAGUGGGAGGCCGCGGAUCAGUUCCUUGCUGCGCAGUCCUCUCAGCAAGCUCCUCAGCUUGAAUGCCUCGGCGAUUAUGAUACUCCCAUUGAGUUGCAGGAGGCUGCUGUUAGCACCGGGGAAUACCACUGGGUGAUCGAUACACAGCAUGAAGAACCGCACAAAUACACGGAGGCCAUGAUUGAAAUUCGAGCAAUUGGCCUCUCAUCAGAUGUUUCCUCUGGCCGCCUCGCGAAUGAGAUUGCUGGUGUGGUGAGCAAGGUUGGGCCAGAUGUUGAAGGCCCAGCGCCGGGUGACAGAGUCAUUUACAUCUCGGGCGACAAAAAGGGCGGUUGCGUCCGAACAUAUGGUCGAGCUGAUCAUCUUCAGCUUGCAAGAAUCCCCGAUGGCAUCUCCUUCGAAGUCGCAGCCGGUUUGGCUUGGGCUUACGCAACAGCAAUCCAAGGGCUCGAGGAGAUAGCCCAUCUGGCACCCGAACACACUAUCCUCAUCCAUACUAGUGCAACGGAUAUCAGUCAAGCGGCUAUUCAAUAUGCCCAGAUGAUCGGGGCUACAAUCUACGCUACUGUGGCAACGGUCGAAGAACGUGAUUUGCUUGUCUCUGACUAUAAUAUCCCUCAAGACCGUAUCUUCUCGAGAAGAGACCAGAGCUUCGUCAAGGGCAUCAUGCGGUGCACGCACAAUACUGGGGUUGACGUCGUCUUCAACGCACUGAGCGGCGAGGCACUCCGGGGAUCAAUGGCAUGCCUUGCUCCAUUCGGAGCAUUUGUUGAUGUGUCAAAUCCGGAUCUACGAGCUGACACCACAGUCGAGCUGUCCUCUUUGCCUCGCAAUGUGAGCGUUCACACCGUCGACAUUCCUUUGCUAGCUCAACAUCGACCAAAAUCAGUCCGUCAUCUGCUCACCGAGGCAAUGAGAUUGUAUUCCGAAGGUAAGAUCGGUCAAAUCCGAACGACAACUGUCAUGGACUUUACCCAGAUCAAAGGUGUUCGAGCUGCUCAAAGCGGGGAAGCAGCAAAAGUUGUGAUUGCACCUAAUCCGUCGAACAUGGUCCCUGUGGUCCCACGACCAAUGUGGCCAUGUCGCUUUGAUCCACAUGCCUCGUACGUUCUUGCUGGUGGCUAUGGCGGCUUGGGUCGCAGCCUAGCACGAUGGAUGGCAUCUCGCGGCGCAACGAGCCUGAUUAUCCUCUCCCGCUCAUCAGCUUCGAGCCCAGAGAAGAUGGAAUUGAUUGCCGAUCUCGACAAAAUGGGAUGCAAGGUCCAUUCGCUGAUCUGUGAUGUGGCUGAUCUCUCCAGCCUGCAACAAUUGUCCGAAGACGCCUUCCCCCAUCUACCUCCUAUCAAAGGAUGCAUUCAGGGAUCUAUGGUCCUACGAGACGGUGCCUUCGCCGGAAUCUCCUUCAAAGACUGGCAAGCAGCCAUCAGACCCAAGGUCCAAGGAUCCUGGAACCUGCACACAGUCCUACCGGACAACAUGGACUUCUUCAUCAUGCUGUCCUCAGUGGCAGGCAUCUUCGGGAACCGCGGACAAUCGAACUACGCUGCUGGAAAUACCUUCCAAGACGCCCUCGCUGCAUACCGCGUCUCAAAGGGCAUGCAAGCAGCCAGUAUCAACCUAGGAAGUGUAUCCAACGUGGGCUGGGUAGCCGAGAACCGAAGCUCGAUGCGCACACACACAGCCACCUUAUUCGAGCUUCUCCGCGAGGAAGAGGUCCACGCAACAGUCGACUUCCUCGUCCGCGGCCAGCAAGACGGCGGUAAUGCGUCAUCGCGCUCACAGCUCGUCCUCGGUUUGCCGACUGCCGAGAUGUGUCGGCAGAACGGCGUGCCGCUGCCUACGUACCUAAAUUACUCGAUGUUCACGCACUUCCGUAACACGACGACUGCCAAGAGCAAUGAGGUAGGCUCCCAGCAGAAGACUGUUAGCACGGCUGCGUUUCUGUCGGCGGCUUCGGGCUUCGAGGGGGCUGUGGCUGUUGUCUCGGAUGGGAUUGUUGAGAGGCUUGCUUCUCUGCUUGCCGUCCCCUCUUCGGAACUUGAUGCCCAGCGCUUCGGCUUUGGGGGUAUUGAUUCCCUUGUUGCUAUGGAGUUCCGGGCGUGGAUUGUUAAGGAGCUUAAGGCUGAGGUUUCUUUGCUCGAUAUUAUGGGAGCGGAGAAUAUUAGGACUUUGAGUGAGAAGAUUGCGGGCAGGAGCCGGCUAAUUGCAGGAGGACCUAGUUCUUAG